CCCCAGAAGUUUCUUGGAACCCAUCUUUGUUUCCAGAACGAAAAUGACAUCUUUUCUGGAAGGUCCAAAAGAUGGCCCAUCUAUUUGAGCAGGCCCAUUUCAGAUAAGCCCAAAUAAAUGAACUGUAUCCUCUCAGGUCUCAAAUGCCCCUCCUAGAUUUCUUUCUUCUGGUUCUUUCUCUCAAAAGGCAGAAGCCUUUUCUCAGCCCUAACCCUAACCCUUAUCCAUAACUCAUAUUAUACAAUUCUGGGUUGUAUUGCAAGAAUACACAUUCAUCAUGGCGCUUCAUGGAUCUAGUUUCUGCUUAAAUGGAAAUCUUUCUUUUAAGGAGUUUAACAGCUUGCCGUGUGCAUGUUAUAGUUCGGGGAUGCUUCAUCAUCUGUCUUUACCAUCGAGGAAAUACAAUUUAGUUGUAGCAAAUACUCUUGAAAGAGGGCAUAGAUUUCAGUUUUUGCCUGGAGAUGGUCGUCUCAAAUUGCGAACUGAACAAUCCACAUCCUCUCUUCCCACCUCUGGUUUGCGAUCGUUAAAACCAUCCAGUGCGAAAUGUGAUGAUUCAAAGGAUAGCUCAGUUAGCGAAAAUAUCAUAUUGGAUGCAGAAACCUUAACGCGGGAUCUAGAUAUUGCCAUUGCAGAGGAGAACUAUGCUAAGGCAGCAGAAAUUAGGGAUAGACUAAGACUUCUGCGGGAGGAUAGUAUGACUUCUGUUUUAGCAGCAAAUUCUCGAUUUUACGAGUCAUUCAGAAUAGGGGAUCUGGCUGCAAUGCAAUCUCUUUGGGCCAAACGGGAUGAAGUCUGUUGUGUACACCCGGGUGCACGUGGGAUAUAUGGUUAUGAGGAUGUUAUGACUAGCUGGGACUACGUAUGGGCGAACUAUGAAUUUCCACUACAGAUUGAGCUGAAGGAUGUAAACGCUAAUGUUAGAGGGGAUAUGGGGUUUGUUUCUUGUGUGGAAUUGGUCAAGACAAAAGGUAGCAGUUGGGGAGGACAGUUUGUAACAAAUGUGUUCGAGAGGAUUGAUGGUCAAUGGUUUAUCUCUGUUCAUCAUGCUUCACCUAUAGACUUGUGAAGUUUACAGACUAUAGCACAUAUGUGAUGUACGAGUUCCCUCUCAAUUGCCAUUUUUGUCCAUGUUUGGUUGGCGAUUUGUGAACCUUUAUGUACUAUUCUUUACCGUAUAUGAAUUGCAGAUUAUCAAUUUUACAUUUUCA